CAAUAGUACACACAUACAAGUGACGUACAAAUAUGGCAGCCUCCAUGGGAUUUUUAUUGAUUUUUUUGUUUUAUGCUUUUUAAGAGUGUCAUAAGCAUUGUCAGUUUCAAGUUUCAAAGGUUUCAUAUCAACAUGAAGCAUUUCUUUAAAAUAAAAACGCUGCUGAUCCUUGUCACUGUUACUAAUUGCUUACAAGGACAGGACACUGUCGACAUAUCAAAUGAAUCGCCCACUAUAUUGAACAUUCACAGAAACAACUCCACAGUGAUACAAGCAGUUAAUGUGACGGAAGGCACAAAGUAUAUUUUGUGCCAGGUUCACUCACAAAUAUGGAAUGUUUCUCUCUCAGUAAUUCCUGAGAUCAGUUAUGGGAGCUCGUUGACUGGCCGUGAUGUGGGAAUGUUGGCUGUGCUGCCCAGUGAUCAACCUCUGUGGUACAUGUACCUGACAACCAAUAGCAGUGAGGAGAUCCGCAUACUGCUCCAACUCACCUUCCUCACACAAUAUGAUCCGCUACCGGGGGGGUGCAAUGAAGAGUUCAGCCUCAGGAAUGACCCCAACAUUCACCUAGCUGUUGCAACCACCAAAACAACAGUAUCAUUUUCCUGGGCCGGCUUGGUUAAUAAGCCUGACUGUGACAAAGGUCCUGUUGGCCUGGACUACGACCUAUAUGUCACAUACAUGGAGGCUGACAUUUUUACAGAGGAACAGUACUUUGAAGUGCUCAGGCAUGUCCUCACAGCAGCUAGUGUACGUGAUUACAGCAGAAAGGUGUAUUCCGUAUCCAACAGUGAAGCUCAGAAAUCCCAGAUACAUGUGUCCUCCUAUCCCAAAAGAGGUGUGAUCUACUCUAUAGUUGCUAGGUAUUUGAACUCUGCAGGACAGAAAACAACCUUUGCCUCAUAUGUGCCCACAGUUAGCUAUGGUUGCAACUUACAAGAUGAUCAUUCAUGUGGCGAAAAAGAUGUAGCUGCCAUUAUUUUUACAACUGUGGGUGGUUUCGUAGGUCUUUUUCUUUGUUACUAUGGCCACAGGUUUUUCAAAACAGAGAUCUUUGUGUUCGGAUUCCUGAUGUUUGGUGUCCUGUUUUACCAAAUAUUUGCACUGAAAACCAAUGUGGAGACUCCAGGCCUGGUGGUGCUGGCAGCCAUCUUUGGGUUGCUAGGGGGAUCCAUAUUGCUAGGGGUCUGGUGGAACUGGGGAUUUCCCAUCAUCAAUGUGCUAUGUAUAGGACUUCUGACAGGAUACAUCUUCUCAAGCAUCUUGUUCUACACCCCAUUCGGAAAUCUCACAUACUGGAAUGGUGCUUUUAACUAUGGAGGAACAUUUGCUUCUGGCUGUCUGCUGGUUCCUGUUCUACUGCUAUGCUUUACAAGGCUGCUGAACAUAGUGAGCUGUGGAUUGAUCGGAGGCUACCUGUUUGUUCUCAUGUUUGACCAGUAUAUGAGCAGUGGCAUGGCAAACAUUGUGCUGAAUUCAAUACGUCAUGGGACUGACACUGACUACAGAAAUGUCCUUGUGACAGGACCCUUCACAGAAGCAGAGAAGGGCCUGACUGCAGCAUGGGUGCUGGUGUGUGUAACUGGCGUUGCUUUCCAGCUGUAUACGCAGAGAAAAAGAGCCCCCUUUCCACCCUGCCCCCGUAAACAAAGGGCCAGCAGAGGUGACCUUCGAGCCCUGCUGCGUGGGAGAGGAGAGCAUCCUAGCAGGAGAGGGAAUUCUGAAAAUGAGCGCCUUAUCAGAGGUGAAAACAGAGUGCAAUAUGGGACAAACAACGGCAGUAGUUCUGCUGCUGACUCAGAACAGGAAGUGAAUACACAAGGAGCGAUUUGAGGCUUGAUUCAUCAAUCAUUAAUGAUUCAAUUAUUAUCAUAUUAAUGGCCAUAUUACAUGUAUAUUUAUUUUUCAUAUUUUUUUUGCAAAAUAUUCAGAAAUUAUUUGAUAUACCCUGUACUCAGAAUCUCUCCUUUUCAAUAUUUAUAAAUAUCAAACAAUUCAACAAUGGGCCAUGUGUCAUGUUUUUCCAAAAUACAAUUUGAUAUAAUAAAAUAACCAUUCUAAACUUAAAAUCAUUUGGCAUGGCUGUGGUACUAUAUGAAACAUGUAUUUACUCUUUGUUGCUAUUUAUAUUAUUAAAUUUUAUAUAAAAUGUUGUUAUACAUGUAUCAUUACAUGCUCAUUACUUUACCUAUGAUAAAAUCAUAGAAAA